AUGGUAAGAAGACACUGCGCGUUAUGUCAAGAUGAUGAAGCGGCUGCAAUUAUGUACAUUGCUGAAGAACAGAAUCUUGCAGUUCAUCAAGACUGUUUGUUAUUUUCUUCAGCAUUUGCGGAAUCAGAAGAACAUGACCCAGAGAAUCUUGAUAAAAGGUUUGAUGUGGCUUCAGUAGCGCGUGAAAUAAAGAGAGGAAAGAGGCUGAUGGAAAAGGCUUUAUCUAAUGGGCAGAUAAUACCCAUGAACCUGAGUGUCCCAAAGUAUCUCAGUCCUGAGAACCAGCAAAAAAUUGAUACCUCCAAAACCAACCAUAGUCUUCCAUUUUUUAAAGAGCUGUUUGCAAUGGCUGUUGAAUUCAGCAACAAGGUGGCAGAAUCAAGAAGAUCAAGGAUAGAAUUUUUAAAGAAGUGUAAGCAGGCUGGGCUUCUGGAUGAAAUCUUUGAGAAAAUGUUAGACGCUCUUCACCUGGCACAGGAAAAGCUGAUGGAUGGCAAUACUUCAGAAGCAGAGUAUGAAGAAACAGUCAUAUCACUUUUUGGCUGUGGUCUCUUUAAAAAUAUUCUUGCAGCUGUUCAUUCUGGAACAGAGGAAAAAAUUCAGGAACUUAUGAAUACACAGAAAAGACUGGAUGCCCAGAUUGAACUUUUAAAAGAUUUGAAAGAAAUAGUACUUCCUGUCUCAGAAGACACAACUAGCACAUCUAAUAGUGUAUCUGAAUAACCCACCACGUUGUAUAAUGUUCAUUGAUUUCUCCCACUUCACUUUUGUAUAAAAUUGAAUUUUACACAUCAGCUUUGGGGCAACUGCCGUUUUCUCAUUUUUACAGUUGAGACAAUUUUGUUCUAGCCAAAGUACUUUUUACCAUUUCUUUUGAAUUAGAAUGUAUACUUCCAAGAUCAUGGCUUCAAAUCCCUUCUAUUAGAUGAAAAUUCAUGGAAGAAAGUGAAUGAAUUCAUCGUAUGCACUUCAUUUGCAGACUGAACUAUUAACCACUGUAAGUCGCCCUGAUUCUGGUUUAGUCAUCUUAGUUCACAUUUCUUUUGCUAAUCACUUCCAGAAAUUUCCUAUUAAUUGCUUUAACAAAGUGAGACACCUUCAAAAGGACAAGGCUGGAAACACCGGGUGAGUGCCUUCAACCCUUAAUAUAAGAAAAUGGAACUGUAUCUUUAUAAGCUUUAUGAAUUUAAAAUAAACAGCAAAAAACAAGUCAAGGUUUUGGCUAUAGAAACUUUUAAAUGGACUAAAGGCUCAGAAAACAUUGGAAUAUUUGAUUUUGAAUAUUAAGACUUUGAAAACAAUUUUAAAGAAUAAAUGCAUUUUUAAGGGAAAGAAAAAUUAUUUUUGAUAUUGGAGACAUAACAAGAUAAGCAACAUAAUGGUAGUUAGAGACAUUUUUGAAGAAUGGCAUCGGGACCUUGAAUCAAUAAUGUCAGCUGUGUUGUGUGUACUUAGGAAGUCUGUUCCCAGAAGAAGCUCUUACAGAAAAUGAUUUGCAGCAAGACCUAUCUGAAAACAACAUGAACAAGUAUUUAUUAUAAGACAUACAAAAAAAUUGGAUGAGGCCUUAAAAAUUAAGGAGAUAAAAAUGCUUAUCCCAGAGAGCAACUGGAAUAAUUUUCUUCCGGGACUUACAAAAGAGGCUACUUAAAGUUCUGAAGAAAUUUGAGACAAGGAUCAAUAAUCAUCUGAACGGAUUGAAGAGCAAGAUUGUUUUACUAAAAGGAAGGAACAUAAAGUUGGUUUAUUCAAUCAGGGUUAAACUUGGACAUGUAGUUAUUUUUGGUGGCUCUUUUUGGACUUGCUGACAGCUGGACUGGAAAAAUGUUGUGUAUUGGAUUUGCUUACAGUUAACAUGGUGUUUAAGCCUUUUCCCCCUCAGUCACUUUAUGUAUCCUAAUCUAACUAUCUAAAUUGGCUUUGUAUCUAAUUGUCCUUUCACUUAAAAUAAGGGAUCUUUGUGAGUUUGGUUUCUUUAAAGGAGAAAGUAUUCCUCUUCGUCAUGCUAAAUUUCAGUCUUUUGUUCAUACUAGGUUACUGGGACCACCUUAUGCUGUCUAAAUGUGGAUUUCCUUCCAGUUAAGAGCUGAGAUAUAGAAUGAUGAGUUUUACAUUUGUUAAUUUAUGUUAUAUUUUAGGGCUUCUUUUGGACUUUUUGCUGACACACAGAUUGGAAAAGACGUUGCUUAUUGGACUCACCUGUAGUCAAGAGCUGAGUUAAGGGAUGAAGGGCUUUAUAUCUGUUAAUUAAGAGGAGGUGAAGAGAUAGUGAAAUUGUUUAUUCUUGUAAUGAGGGUGGGAAGUUGCUUUUUUAGGGUUUUUCUUUUUUUUCUCUCUUUUUUGCUUUCUUGCACCUUUUAUUCUUCAUCAUUUUCUUUUUAGUUUGUAUUAUCUUUUACUAUUGUAAUUAAAACUUUUAAUAAAAAAUUAUUUAGGAAGACAAUG